UGCAGCCAGAGUGGCAGAGUUGGCCAAGCCAGAGGGUACAGACAGCAGAGCACUGGGUUUGUGUGCAGGUGGCGGGUGAGUGCAAAGCAGCAGGCAAGAGCAAGGACAGAUAAAUAGGAUGUGCAAUCGUGGUCUCUGGAGGCAGGCUGAUACCAAGCAGGGCUGUGUAGGAAUUAUCAAUGCAGUGGCAGUCCCGCUCUGUUCUUGCACAGGAGGGGAGGGUGAGAAGAGGAGGGAAUUCAUGGUUACCCUGCAGUGGAAAACUGCCCAUAAAACGCCAAGAGCCUUUUGUCAAUAUAUACAGAGGCUUUACUGCAGCAGCCAAGUGUUCCUGUCCCACACAAAACCCAAAGAUGAAUGGGAAUGUUUCUGAAAGACACACAUAAGGUAGCAAGACGAAAAAGAGGGAUAGUAAGACAGAAGAGAAAUCUGGAUGACCUGCAUAGCUGCAGGAGAUCUGAGAGGGAAGAUAUGAGUUCUGUAACUUCAGCAGAACUUUCCGCAGAAUGUUAAUUCUAAGCUAAUAAUUGUAAUUUUCUGAUUCGUUAGUCCAGAACCUACUUUUAUAUAAAUGACCAGAAGCCUGUCAAUUUGGAGAAUCCAAUUAUGUUGACAUUUACCUUUUCCUGUUUCACAACAUUCUCCUCCAAACCCCUCAGCGUGUUCCUGGUACUUAUAACCUGACUCUGCACUCCCGGAGAACCCGGUGGGUGAGUUUCUCCGCUCACCUGCCUGAGGCUGCCUCGGGAACGCAGUGCUCAGCCCAGAGAGGAGCAGGCUUGAGAAGAACAGCGGGCCUGGUGCUCGAAAAGGAAUGGAAAAGCAACUCCAGGGGAAGGGAGAGCGGAAGCAGCAGCGUCCCCUCUCCGUCCAGCGGCCGGGGAUGCUGCGCUCCCCCCGGGGUACAUUCCCCAGCGCCGUUUGAGGCUGCUCAGCUCCAUAAAUGCCAUUUGCAUGGGGAUAGGAUGUAACAAGAGCUGUAAAUCACUGACGGCGGAGUGAACUCCUCAGGGGCAGACACGGCGGAGCCGAGCCUCCGCGAGCUGGGGCAACGUGUGAACGGUAUCUUUUGUUGGGGGGGAGGACUGAUAGCAAUUAGAUGAUACUUAUCUGGCCCUUUGAUGUGUAUUUACACAAACAACCUUUUCCUCCGGGAGUUGCGGUAUAAAGGAGAGGCCCGUGCUCCCCGACACCCUCCUUCCCGGCAUCUCCGAAGCAAGGCGGGAUGACGAAGGCCCCUUUCUCCGUGGAAUGGUUGUCCCAGAGCAGCCAAGCUCUCAAGAGCCCCACCGAGGGCUCUCCACACCGAGCAUCGUCCGCGGGCCGGAGCGAUCGGCAGGAGCAGCCGGCGGGCCCGCGGGACGGCAGCGGCGGCAGGAGCAGCAGGGAGCGUGUGGCGGCCGCUCCCGCCUCAGGUACCGCGACCACCGGGACGGCCCGGGGCUCCGGGCGGGCCUGGGACAUCCCCGGGCACGGCAAGGCAUCCUGCGCGGUGCCGCGGGGGCGGAGGAGGCGGGCGGCUCCCCACGCGGUGCCCGGGCCCGGCUGACCCUCUCCUCCUUGUCCCUGUCCGCAGGAGCCGGCGGGAGGCCAGCGGCCCAGGCCGUGCCCGAGGAGGGCCCCGAGUGGCCGGGCCCCGAGGAGCCGUGCGGGCGCGGCGGGCGGCGGCUCCGCACGGCGUUCAGCGCGGAGCAGAUCAGCACCCUGGAGAGCUCCUUCCAGCGCCAGCAGUACCUGGGCGCCGCCGAGCGCCGGCAGCUGGCCGGCAGGAUGCGCCUCUCCGAGGUGCAGAUCAAGACCUGGUUUCAGAACCGGCGGAUGAAGCUGAAGCGGCAGCUGCAGGAGUUGAGAACCGAGCCCUUCUGCAGCCCCGCUCUCCCUUACGGACCUCAGGGCGCUGUGCUGCCCUUGCCGCUCACGUACGUGGCCCGGCCUCCGCCUCUGCCCCGCCAAGGGGCUGCCCCCGAGGGCUUCCCUCUGGCCGCCCUGCCCGCACCCGCCCUGGACCUCAGCAGCGCCUGCAGAGCACAGCCUGUCGGCUUCUGGGCAGCACCCUGCUUUGUAGAGUACCGGGACCCCAGAGCUUUCUUGCUGGGUGUCUGACCCUCUGAUACGAACUCCGACUAAAGAGGAUUUGCACUACUGAUAGGUAUCUGGGCCGCCCGCGUCCGUAACUGCCUGGUGGAGUUA